GCGUCAAUAAAGGGGUCCUUUUUAGUCACGGUGGACCGAAGGCGAGCAGUCUGUUGCAAGGCAAAGCCUGACCACGACUUUGGGACCGUUUUCCAGAGGACCAGACGACUGGGAGAACUACAAUAGCAACCCCACUCUUUGUGGGAGAGAGCCCCCCUCCUCUCCCUUCCCUCCACGGAUCUGAACAUCGCUCUUUCCACCGCUCUUUCCACUCCACCCCUCUUAGGUUGGGUCCCGCAGAGCUUUACCUCGCUUGUCGAUUUUUUUUCAUCACUGCGGUGAGUGUGUGUGUGUGUGUGUGUGUGUGUAAAGUCUGUGAGCUGACACAUAAAUACCCUUAUGGUAACCGCCUCAGUCAUACAGCUGACAUGUAAAUCGACUUGCCAGCCGGCUAUCAAAACCGAGCCAGACAUUGAAGAUAUACGGCAAAUUAAGACACCCGCCUCAAGAGAAGCACUCCACCAUCCAUCCACCUCUGCAGUUCAGUCCUCUCCGGAAAAUCUUUCCACCUGCCGACACAUCUUAUAUGACCGUCUCAAAGAUGACAUGGCGUCCUCAGUAUCGCAGCUCCAAGUUCCGCCACGUGUUCGGUAAGGCCGCCACCAAGGAGAACUGCUACGAUGGCGUGCCCAUCACGCGGAGCGUCCACGACAACCACUUCUGCGCCGUCAACCCGCGUUUCAUUGCCGUCAUCACAGAGUGCGCCGGAGGCGGAGCCUUCCUGGUCCUCUCUGUCCAUCACACAGGGAAGGUGGACCCCCUUCACCCCAAAGUGUCAGGCCACAGAGGUAACGUACUGGACAUCAAAUGGAACCCCUUCAACGACUUCUGUAUAGCAUCCUGCUCUGAGGACUCCACGGUGAAGGUAUGGGACAUCCCUCCCCAUGGUGUGCUGAAGAACCUGACGGUGCCGUGGAAGGAGCUGCAGGGUCACAGCCGCAGGGUGGGCCUCAUCGAGUGGCACCCUACUGCCAACAAUGUGCUCUUCAGUACUGGCUAUGACUACCAGGUGAUGAUCUGGAACCUGGACAGCCCUGAGGCGGUGAUAAAGAACCCGGUGCGGACCAUCAGCCACCACACUGACGUGGUGCUCUCCAUGUCCUUCAAUACCGAUGGCAGCAGGCUGGCCACGUCCUGCAAGGACAAGAAGAUCAGGGUUCUAGAGCCACGCACUGGGAACCUGCUACAGGAGGCCAACUGUAAGAACCACAAAGCCAGCAAGGUGCUGUUCCUGGGGAACCUCAAGAUGCUGCUGUCCACCGGCAGCUCCCGCUGGAACCACAGACAGAUGGCCCUCUGGGACCAGGAGGACCUAGAUGUGCCUUUGUUACAGGAGGACCUAGAUGGUUCGUCUGGGGUGCUCUUCCCUUUCUACGACCCAGACACACACAUGCUCUACAUAGCAGGGAAGGGUGAUGGUAAUAUCCGGUACUAUGAGAUCAGCUCAGAGAAGCCCUACAUGCACUUCCUCACAGAGUACCGCUCACACACUCCUCAGAAAGGAAUGGGUAUCAUGCCAAAGAGAGGCCUGGACGUGAGCUCCUGUGAGGUGUUCAGGUUCUACAAACUGGUGACGAUCAAGGCCCUCAUCGAACCGCUCUCCAUGAUCGUACCUCGCAGGGUAAGAACCCCUGACACACCAAAACAGGCGACCAGAAUGACAGUGAGCCUGGCGGGGCAGUGGGUGGUGGUGGCUGUGGCCCAGAGCCAGACACAGACGGACAGCCCGAUGAAUCUGUCGAGGCAGCUGAGGCAUGGGAACCGGUCGAGGCAGCUGAGGCAUGGGAACCGGUCGAGGCAGCUGAGGCAUGGGAUCCCGACGGCCAGCUGA